AUGGUAAUACCACCGUGGAUAACUAAUCCAUAUGGUGACAUAGAAGAAACGAAUGUCAUAAUACAAGAGGAACUGACUGAACUAAGUACAAACGGAGAACUUAAGGUUCAGUUUAAAAACGGAUAUCAGCAAUGCUGGCUGCAAAACAACAUACCCGUUACUUAUCCCGUAUUAAGGAAUAUAGCGAUGAAAUUUUUCGUCAUCGUCAUACCUAGUGGAAAGGGGGUUCAGCGCUGUUACCAAUCUCCUAACGAAAAAAAGAAACAGACUGAACAUCAUUAG